AUGGGGUGGCCACAGUGCAAUACCACCGAGGAGGACAUGUUGAUCACCGAGGAACCCAUAUGGCACGAUUACACCUUCCACCGCCUGGGUCUCUGGCUCUCUGCCGUCUUUAGCAUCAUCGCUAUAGCCGUGUCCUUCUUCCUCAUCUUCAUGCACGCAACACAUUACCACAAACCCUUUCAACAGCGCCAUAUCAUCCGCAUCCUGUUCAUGGUCCCCGUCUACGCCGCUGUCUCCUUUCUCUCCUUCUACUACUACAACCACAGCGUCUACUUCGAAGUCCUGCGAGACUGUUAUGAAGCCUUCGCCAUCGCCUCCUUCUUCAGCCUGCUUUGUUCAUACAUCGCCGCCGAUCUGCACCACCAGAAGAUCUACUUCCGUUCGAUAACGCCAAAGAAUUGGGUCUGGCCCAUGAAAUACUUCCAGAAGUGUACAGGAGGUGAGGACAAGGGUUGGUUGCGCAAGCCCCAAAGCGGCCUGACUUGGUUCAAUGUCAUCUGGGUCGCCGUCUUUCAGUACUGCUUCAUUCGUGUCUUCUGCACCAUUGUCGCCGUCGUCACUCAAGCAUUCGACCGCUACUGUCUGGAGUCGCUCAAUCCCGCCUUUUCCCACAUCUGGGUCAUGCUCAUUGAAGCUGUUGCCGUCACCAUCGCAAUGUAUUGCUUGAUCCAGUUUUACAUCCAGCUGCGCAUGGACAUUCAGCACCACAGGCCCCUUCUCAAGGUCCUCGCCAUCAAAUUGGUCAUCUUUUUGAGUUUUUGGCAGACCAUAGCCAUCUCCUUCCUGACCAGCUCUGGCGCAGUCAAACCAAACAACAAAAUCCAGACUCCCGACCUGAAAGUCGGGAUUCCUGCCAUGCUGCUGUGCAUUGAAAUGGCCCUUUUUGCGAUCUUGCAUCUGUGGGCAUUCAGCUGGAAACCGUACACAAUGGGGUCGAAAACCUACGUUGCUGAAAAUGUUCCCGGUGAAGAGACUGGCGGUCGAUCGUACAGGGGGGGCUUUCUCGGUUUGAAAGCUAUCUGGGAUGCUUUCAACCCCUGGGAUAUGUUCAAGGCAACUGGUCGUGCCGCAAAGUGGCUGAUGCGAGAUCGGAAACACCGACAUAAAGACCUGAGUUACGACUUAUCACGAAAGACCACCACCGACGGCUACAGUGCAGAGGGUCAAAAGUUGACGAAUCUUAACGCGUCGACCGCAUAUGGUGGAGGAGGCCCACAGCAACGAUUUGCUAACGGCGACGUUGACGAAGGCCAGAAUCUGCUGGCAAACAGCCAGUCCAUGCCAAUGUCACGACCGAUUAUCGCUCGUAUGGACAGCGACCGAAGUGAUAGGCCAAAUGAAUAUUACGAUACCAGUGAUAUUGGUCUUGCAACAUCGAGCUAUGAGGACAACCGAUAUCAACCCAAUCACCAACCGAACCCGAGCUAUUACCCUCAACCACAGUACCAAGCCUAUGGUGGACAAGAGACGGGGGUUGCCCCAGCCCCGUAUCCCGAUCAGAGGGGUGAACAGUCUGGCCAGGUGAGACGAGAUAAUAGAGUCUCAAUGCCAUUCAUCCCCGGUGCGCCAUUGCCUGGGAGCUCAGAUCCAAGGCAGAAAGCCGGCGGUGGACCUGGACCUGGACCCGGACCCGGACCUGGACGCCCUGGCGGCUUCAUGUAA